GUAAUUAAACUGUUUAAACUGAUAGAAACCGUUCAGUCAAUUAUAUAGGUUUUAAGCGUUGCGAGAUUAAUGAUCUGCUAUGGAAUGUAAUAGUGUAAUACGUUAACAUGAAUAUACUUUAUUUUUGUGAUUGAACGCAUCCACACAUGAGUAACAGGAAAGAGAAAGUCCUGCUGAAGAGACUGAGAUCCUCGUGACACACUGAUAUAAAGAUGGCGUUUAUUAAAGAGGAGAGUGAAGACAUCAGGAUUGAAGAAGUGUUCAGUCUGAAACAAGAAGAGAUUGAGGAACAAACAGACCUGUUGAUGCUGAAAGAGGAGAAUCAAGAUCUGAAUGAAAUGGAACAAACAGAUCAGUAUGAGAAAAACCAUGCUUUAAUAACUGGUAAAAAAUCCACACAGACUAAAACGACAUCUUUACAAAAAAGGGCUCCGAAAACUAAAUCUAACAGCUCUUUCACCUGCCAUCACUGUGGAAGGAGUUGCGGUGAAAAACGAAAACUUCAAAUGCACAUGAGAGUUCACACUGGAGAGAGACCAUUUCCCUGCCAACAGUGUGGAAAGAGUUUCACUCAACAAGGUGCCCUUAACAGGCACAUGAGAACUCACACAGGAGAGAAGCCUUACACAUGCCAACAGUGUGGAAACAGUUUCACUCAAAAAGGACACCUUAAAAAUCACAUGAGAACUCACACAGGAGAGAAGCCUUACACAUGCCAACAGUGUGGAAACAGUUUCACUCAAAAAGGACACCUUAAAAAUCACAUGAGAACUCACUUGGGAGAGAAGCCUUUCACCUGUCAGCAGUGUGGAAAGAGUUAUACACAGAAAAGCACCCUUCAUACCCACAUGAGCAUUCACACUGGAGAGAAGCCUUAUACAUGUGAGCAGUGUGGAAAGAAGUUCUCUGGAAAACGAAACCUUAAAAUCCACACGAGAGUUCACACUCAAGAGAAGCCUUACCCUUGCAAGUAUUGUGGGAAGAGUUUUACACAUAUGUGCACCCGUAAUUACCACAUGAGAGUUCAUACUGGACCAAAGCUGUUCACAUGUGACCGUUGUGGAAAGACCCUCACAACAGAAUUUAGCCUUAAGUGUCACAAGAUUAGGCACACUGGAAAGAAACCCUUCAAAUGUGAUCAGUGUGGAAGGCGUUUCAUACGUAAGGUAAGCCUUAAUUACCACAUCAAGACUCAUUUAGCAGAGAAAUGCUGUAAAUGUGCUCAGUGUGGAAAGAGUUUCAGUCAUCAAGGUAGCCUCAAUUCCCACAUUAAAAAACAACACACUCGAGAGAAGCCUGUGGGAAGAGCUUCUCACAAAUAGAAAAUCUUAAGAUUAACAUGAAAUAUGUGUGGAAUCGUGAACAAACUCGCAUGAGAUUUCACUCAGGGGAAAACUAUUAUGCCAUCAUUGUGCAAAAUGUUUAUCAGUCAGAGGAAACCUGAAGAUUCACAGAGGAGUUCAGACUGGAGAGAGACCUUUCAAGAUCAUCCUGGAAAUAGAGUGUGACUGUGACAAAGCUUACGUAAAGAAGCUAUUUUAAAUCGCCCAACAUUUUCACUCUGGAGAAAGGCCUGUUAACUUUGAUCAAUAGAAGUCAUGAAAGUGAGAAAGAUUUUUUGUGGUUGUAGAGAAUAGCCA